AUGGCUCGCCAUGGGGAUACUCGCUCACCAUCGCCUGUAGGCAGCACAUAUUCAUCAUCACGACGCAGUCGCAGAGAUGAUGACCGCUAUGAGCGGAAGCGAGACGAUGGCCGGAGUUACCGCAGGUCUCGUAGUCCUGAGCGGCGAUAUCGUGAACGAGACCGUGACCGCGAUUCAUACCGAAGACGUGACCACUCUGUAGACAGACGCGACAGUCACCGCGACGAAGACAACUAUAGACGACGAGACCGCUCCCGAGAUCGCCGCCGCUCAAGAGAUAGAGAUCACGACCGCGACUAUCGCCGAAGGAGCCGCAGCCGUGAUAGAGAUUACCGGAGCAGGCGAGAUGACUCCCGCGAUAGGGUCCGAAGACGGACAGACGAUUCUGCUGACUUGAAGCGCAAGUCUAGACGGGACGAUAGCCGAGAUCGGACCAGGGGCGCAGAGCCAAAGUCUCGCGAGGCCUCGACACCUGCGAUCCCCACUCGCACUGGGCCUACGGAUGACGAAAAAAGAGCUGAGCGACUGGCGAAGCUCGAAGCAUGGAAGCAGAAGCAAGCUGCUGAGAAAGAACGAAAGCAGAAAGAAGCUGAAGCUUCUGGGGGACCAAGAAAUAUCUUGGAAGAGAUUGAUAGAAAGUCUGGAUUAUCCCCAGCCGUUAGUUCACCCCAGUCUCCUGCCACGCAAGGCGUUGAUGCCGCCCCAGCUGCAUAUGCUGGAAAAUUCGAUCCGAAGGCCAUCGCAAAGAAUGCUGCUCAGACCCCGGCUGCUCCUUCAGUCCUGGGGAAUGAUGUGGCUGUUCCGUCCUCUGCCAAAACUUCGAAUGCCCAGACAGCCAGGGUGCAAGCCAGCAAAGCUUCAGGCAACGCCCCCUCUCCAGCCGUCUUGAAAGCAAAAGGCAAUGUAGGAAGCUUCGGACUUGGCACCAAGCAAGUAGCGGAUAAUGAGAAGUCCAUCGCCACUAAGACGCUAGGAUUCGGUGAAGAGGAAUCAACUCGAAGAAAGCUCGAACGCCUGCCAACACCGCCGCUAGAUGAUGCGGACGCCAGUAAAACAGCAGAAACGAAUGCGGAUGAUGACGACGAUGUUGAUAUGCAAGAUGGGGAGACCGAAGAGGAUGCUGCCGCUGCUGCUCGUGUAGCCGCUGAACGGCGAGAAGAACGUCUACAGAACGAAUCUCUUACUAAGACAACCAACGGCAACACGACGGCGAAAGCAGAAGAAGCUGAUAAGAUGGAAGUCGACGCUCAGGAGGAAGAGCUUGAUCCAUUGGACGCAUUCAUGUCUGAACUUGCCGAGUCUGCUCCGCCGAAAAAGAAAGCUGGUGCCAAGUUCUCCAAGGCACAAGAACCUGAAGCUAUCUUUGGCGAUGAGCAUGAUGUGAGCAUGACUGCUGUCGGUGAAGGUGAUGCGGAAGACUUCCUUGCCAUUGCCAGUAAGGCUAAGAAAAAGAAAGACAUUCCGACUGUUGACCACAAUAAGGUGGAGUAUGAACCGUUCCGACGGAAGUUCUAUACCGAACCCUCCGACUUGGCUCAGAUGUCUGAAGAAGAAGCGGCUAAUCUGCGGCUUGAACUUGAUGGCAUCAAAGUCCGUGGGUUGGAUGUUCCUAAACCUGUACAGAAAUGGUCUCAGUGCGGCCUAGGGAUACAGACGCUGGACGUCAUUGACAAGCUUGGCUUUGCCAGUUUAACUUCUAUUCAAGCCCAAGCGAUCCCAGCCAUUAUGUCCGGUCGUGAUGUGAUUGGUGUGGCCAAGACAGGAUCCGGGAAAACAAUGGCGUUCUUGAUACCCAUGUUUCGGCAUAUCAAAGACCAGCGGCCGCUGGAAAAUAUGGAAGGCCCGAUAGGUUUAAUUAUGACGCCUACCCGAGAGUUGGCGACACAGAUUCAUAAGGACUGCAAACCAUUCUUGAAAGCUUUGAAUCUACGAGCUGUUUGUGCUUACGGAGGUGCUCCCAUCAAGGAUCAAAUCGCCGAAUUGAAACGCGGAGCGGAAAUCAUUGUAUGCACACCGGGACGGAUGAUUGAUCUUUUGGCAGCGAACGCUGGGCGAGUUACGAACCUGCGCCGGGUCACUUACGUUGUUUUGGAUGAGGCUGACCGUAUGUUCGACAUGGGAUUUGAGCCUCAGGUCAUGAAAAUUCUGAGCAAUGUGCGUCCAGACCGACAGACUGUGCUGUUCUCCGCUACCUUCCCGCGAAACAUGGAAGCGUUGGCUCGCAAGACUCUAACCAAGCCCAUCGAAAUCGUCGUGGGCGGUAGGAGUGUCGUUGCGCCUGAGAUUACGCAGAUUGUCGAAGUUUGUAACGAAGAGAAGAAAUUCGUCCGCCUACUAGAAUUACUAGGUAACCUGUAUUCUACGGACGAGAAUGAAGACGCGCGGUCGUUGAUUUUCGUCGAUCGCCAGGAAGCGGCCGACACUCUUCUCCGAGAGUUGAUGCGUAAAGGUUACCCUUGCAUGUCUAUUCACGGCGGGAAGGACCAAAUUGACCGUGAUUCUACCAUCGAAGAUUUCAAGGCUGGCAUCUUUCCCGUGCUGAUUGCGACCUCUGUAGCUGCACGUGGCUUGGAUGUCAAACAGCUGAAGCUUGUCGUCAACUACGAUGCGCCGAACCAUUUGGAGGAUUAUGUUCACCGUGCUGGACGUACUGGUCGUGCAGGGAACACGGGAACCGCAGUCACUUUCCUUACGGAGGACCAGGAACGGUAUUCGGUCGAUAUUGCUAAAGCGCUCAAGCAAAGUGGACAAGAAGUCCCAGAAGCCGUACAAAAACUUGUUGACUCGUUCUUGGAGAAAGUAAAAGCCGGUAAAGAGAAGGCCAGCAACUCUGGCUUCGGUGGAAAGGGUCUGGAGCGAUUGGAUCAAGAACGUGAUGCGGCUCGGAUGCGCGAGCGUCGCACAUACAAAACCGGAGAAGAGGGCGAAGAUGAGGAAGAGAAGGAUGAAAAGAAGAACGAACAGGCCGAAGAGCAAUUCAACAAGGUUCUCUCGGCUGUCCAGUCUACCUCUGCGCAGCUACCCGGCGUUCCAAAAGGCAUCGAUCUGGAUGGCAAGAUCACAGUUCACAAGAGAGAAGUUGAUCCGAAUGCUCCUAACAAUCCUCUUGAUAAGGUUGGCUCGGCUGUUGCAGAUAUCCACGCACGGCUCAGCCGUGCUGGAGUCAUGCGAUCAGGCGUGCCUAUUGACAAUCGCGGUCCUGAUGCCGGUGCGUUCCAUGCGACACUGGAGAUCAACGACUUUCCUCAGAAAGCUCGAUGGGCGGUCACAAACCGCACGAACGUGGCCAAGAUCCUCGAAGCUACCGGCACGUCUAUUACGACAAAGGGCAGUUUCUAUCCCGCCGGUAAAGAGCCCGGUCCGGGAGAGAACCCAAAGCUGUACAUUUUGGUGGAAGGUGAAACCGAGCUGUCUGUGACGAAUGCGAUGCGGGAGUUGAUGCGCUUGUUGAAGGAGGGCACGAUUGCCGCGGUGGACAGCGAGUCUCGGGCUCCGGCAUCAGGCCGAUACAGUGUGGUAUAG